AUGCAUCCAUCCGUCGUCCUCCGGGGGCCCGGCGGCGAGCUUGGAAGGAAACAAACAAAUGAGAAAGCACGCGCGCCACCUCUUCCUCCCCCUCCUCGCCCCGGCGGUGCUGCCGGCUGCUACGCCAACAACGGCAGCUCCGUCCUCGGCUACACCUGCCGCAGCAGCUCCUUCCCACGGGCAUGGAGGAACUCGGUGCAGGUGGCGUUCGACAUUGCCGACGGGCUCAACUACCUGCGCAACUACACCAACCCGCCGUACGUGCACAAGAACUUCAAGAGCAGCAACGUCCUGCUCGACACCCGUCUCCGCGCCAAGGUGUCCAACUUCGGCCUGGCGCGCGCAGUCGCCGCCGGCGGCGGCGCGCAGAUGACGCGCAACGUCGUGGGCACGGAGGGGUACCUGGCGCCGGAGUACCUUGAGGACAGGCUGAUAGGCCCUCACCUUGACGUGUUCGCCUUCGGGGUCGUGGUGCUCGAGCUCCUGUCUGGGAAGGAAGCGGCGCCUGCACGGGUCGGCACCGACAGCGGCGGCGGCGAGGCGCUAUUGCUGUGGCAGGAAGCGCAGCGGCUGGCCAUCGACGGUGGCGGCGUGCGGGAAAAGGUCCCGGCGUUCAUGGACGCCCGGUUGCAUGGGGACUACCCGUCGGACGUGGUGUUCGCGUUGCUCGCGCUGGCGCUGCGGUGCGUGGCGCGGGAGCCCCGAGCGCGGCCGUCGAUGGGUGAGGUGUUGCUGUCGCUCUCAGCGGUGUACGGCUCCACGUUAGAGCGUGAUGACCCCUUGGACCCUGGGAACUCCGGCUCGACGGUGACAGAGUCAGGUUGA